AUGCCGCCAGCGCCGCAUGCGCAGUCGAACAUCCGCGCCUACGUACAAUGGAAAGAGCCGGCAGUGUACGCAGGAGAGCACAUAGAAUGCAUCAUCACGUUCAGAAACAUAGCACGGCGUGCUGGCGCGGAGAAAGUCAACACUGGUGCAGGCAAUGCCUUGGGCAAUGGCGGACUGCAUAGCAGAGUUCAGUCGAUGGACCCGUCGAGGGUGCACAGUCGGCGGUCGUCACUGGCACAGAUCAAACCUCCUCCCGUAUCGCUGUCUAGGGCGCCGUCGGUGUCAGCGGCCAGCGCAAAGGGCACACAAGGCAGCAAGGGACACCGCCCUACACUAUCCUUGAGCGUGGGCAAUGCCUCUCCGAGACCCGGCAAUGGUCUACUAGGUGCGACGCCCCAGACUGCAAACACGCCAACGAGUGCAUCCAGACCAGACAAGGGCCAUGGACGAAGUCUAUCGAUCAUGUCGCUUGGGAGCGAGGCGAUUAGUGAAGGGAGGAUGCCCAUUGCAAAUGCUGGACCAGGGAAGAGGGCUGGGAAAGGACACGGUCGGAGCACUAGUUUGCAAUACACAUCGAGUUUGGGAGCGAACACCGCUGCACCUCUGGGCAUGUUGUCACCACGGCAGCCAUCGCCUUUGUAUGAAGCCACGAGUCCUUCGGACGACAAUGCCUCGCCAGGUCCUGCAGUGCCAAUACGCCCGCCUCGACGACGACCGGGCACUGCAUCUGCCGAUACCACGCCUCGAAUUCCCAGUAACUCCAGCUUGAAGAAGCAAUCCAGCGCGGAAAGGCCAGAUGCCGCUGCCUUCCAGAGCUUCAAGUUUCCGUUAGAUCCUUCUGCGCAGGCUCCGUCACCCAUUGAGCCCUCCGAGGCAGUACGCCCGAAAAUCACGCGAAAUCCUUCGACAAUGCAUUCUGGCCGAAGACAGCGAUCGCCACAACCACAGGACAGUUGGUCCAGUACAAUAGGCAACCUCAACCCCAUCGCACGGGUGAUGUCCGAGACGUCCCAGGAUGGAACACCGAGAACGAGCAGCGAGUUCUAUGCCAUGAGCAACCACAGCGAUGAGACCAUGACUUCUGAGCUCCCACUUCAGCAGCAAUUUGGACGUUUACUUCCCAAGUUCGCGCAUUCACGACAACCUUCACGAUCCCCGCAGAACCAGCCUGCCGUUCCGGAAACGCUAAUGAUGGCCUACGCGCAAACCGUAGGAAGAUUCACAAUCGAUGGCAGUCUGGUCAAUGCAGCACCUUUCGAGGAAGUGAAACGAAAGGGAGUGCAAAGCGGCGGCGGCGUUGUUGGUGUCGAGCGUUCGAAGCGAUCUUCAGGCUUGUUCGGUGCUUUGAGCUGGGGGAGCAUAGGAGAGUCUCUCGGUGGCUUGUUAGGUGGGGAUGAGAUGAGCUCGAUGGCGCAGAUGAAAGCCACAGUGGGCUCCAAGACGAUUCCCCUACUUUCGACUCCCCAGAGCUUGCUGUUCGUGGACUUGAAGCUUGCGCCUGGCGAGAGCAAGAGCUAUAGCUAUCGCUUCGCCCUUCCACGUGGCCUGCCGCCGAGUCACAAGGGACGCGCAAUGAAGGUCACCUAUCAUCUAUCGCUCGGCGUUCAGCGACCGGAAGGCCAAGCCGUGAAGCACGUCGAGAUACCAUUCCGCGUGCUCGGCAGCUACGAUUCGCGUGGCGACACGCUUGGGCACGACCUCAUGUCGCCCUAUAUUUUAUUGCAAGAUGCUGCGAGGACGACAAGCGUCCCAUCGGAGCCAUCUCGGGCUGGUGCUGCGCCCAAAUUUAUGUCGGAUCUCGUAUCCAAGACAAAGAAGUCGCCCAAGCAGGGCCUAGAAGAUUUUUUACGCUACACUGAAAGACUGCUGGACAUGCCCAUGGACUCGAACGGCGUCUUACUGUCGCCAACCUCACCCACGUCGCCCGGAUCUAUGCUCUCGCGAGAGAACAGCGUCGUUGAUCUGGCACCGACGAAUAUCAAGGAAGCCAUUGACUUCGCAAUCCUCCGCGCCAAUCGAGGCAAUUCUGGGAGCUCGCGGGAUAGAGAGUCGCAGAGUAAUAACAGGUUCAAUAUUGCCCGGUCUGGACAACCAGUCGCCGUACUCACAAUGCUUCGGCCUGCAUACAGACUCGGAGAACUAGUGACUGGUACCAUUGAUUUUGCUGCUCCUUCAAUGGCGAUAAACAUGCCCCACCGGGCUUCGACGUAUUCUUUACUGAUCGAGCUGGAAUCUUGUGAAAGUGUGGACGCUUCACUUGCACUCCGAAGCAGCAGCUCGAUCAGCCGAGUCACUCGGAAAGUCUACGCGGCAGUAAGAGAGUCAUCGCUGUUUGCGAGGCAAAUUGGAUUCAGCCUUGCCAUACCUUCCAGUGCGGCUCCAAGUUUUGAGACUACUGGAGUCAGUCUACAUUGGCGGCUCCGGGUCGAAUUCACCACACAUAGACAGUCUCAAGGACUAGGAAUUGAGGGCACGGGCGGUGAUGGUGAAUUGCUCGAACAGCUUGGGAGCGAUGAGCGUGGGACCAGUUGGAUCGCCAAGGAACGACUGCCAGCGGACACGUUUGAGAUUGCUGUGCCAUUGAAGGUGUAUGGUGCAGUCGGGGUGGACGGCAUCAGUCACGAGAGCGAAGCAUUGUUUGUGUAG